AUGGAAAUAAUUCCACCAGGGUACAAGUUUAACCCAACAGACCAAGAAUUGAUUUGGCAUUACUUGUACAAGAAGGUGAAUGGCAAACCCCUCCCUUGUAAUGCAAUUAUUGAUUGUGACAUUUAUGGAGGUGACAGUUCUUGGAGGAAGAUGUUUGAUGAUCGGGAAGUGGAAACUCUUUACUUCUUCACUAAACUAAGGAACUGGAGCACCCAAAAAAAUGGCUGUUCUUCAAGGGUUGUGAGAGCCACAAAGUUUGGUACUUGGAGGUGUCAAUCUGACAUGAAAAUCUACGCUGGGAAGAAACAUGUUGGGUCGAAGAGGGCCUUCUCCUUCAUUGAGAAGAAGAAGGAAGAAGAGCCCAAGAAAAAAGGAUCUAGGAGGACAAAUGGUUGGACAAUGCACGAGUACAGACUUGAUGGUUGUCUUGUGCAUCAAAAGGAACACAAUUCUUCAGAUUAUGGGUAUGUGGUCUCCAGGAUCAGCAGGCCCAGAUGCAUGAGGAAAGAUGAAGGAGAAUCAAUCAGCUCUCAAAUUGCGUCCGAACAGGAUGCUCCAUUUCCUGAAGAGCUAAACCAAGACAAUAAUAAAGGAAAAUUAAUCAGCUCUCAAAUUGAAUGUGAACAGGAUGCUCCAUUUCCUGAAGAGCUAAAUCAAGACAGCAACAAAGUUGAAGGUACUGAGGUGCUUCCUGGUUAUUCUAUUGAGGUAGAUAUAAAUGAUGAAUGGUUAUCAUGUUUUCUUGAAGACACGGAUCUAAAUAAUUUGUCUUUCCUCUGGCAAUAA